UUCUCCGGACCGGUUUAGUCAGUUUGGAUUUGCUUUCCGCGAAAUAACUUGAAUCAAGUUCGAAAAUUUUAAGAGCCCACUGCAACACAAACAUGCCAUCUUAUCUUGCACCUUGCACUGCAGUUCUGCUGAUGUGCCUGAUUAUUGGCAGGGCGAAUGGGGCCGUCGAGGAGCAAAGUUAUUUCUUCGGUUCCCGUGCCGUUACGGACGUUCUGUGUCAGCAGAUGACGCUCAGUAAAGGAACGCAGACGCCGGCCACAGUCAGCUAUAAUACGAAUUUGACUACGAAACGAAUUGUGAUGGUUACCGUUAAUGCCGAUAAGAAUUCUAUUCUCGGAUAUACCGUUCAGAUAGCGAGUGGUGCAAUCAACUCGACUACCGUUACCUUCAAUGUUGUUGGGGCGGCUUACUUGCCGUACAAUAUUAUUUUCGAUUUUUACUGUAACCCCUAGAGAAAUAAGUUAGUUAAAUAAAAACAAAAGUGUGUGAUAGGAAUUAAA